GGGCGCUGGGUUCGCUGGGAGUCGUAGUCCUUGGUCACCGCGAGGGAUGCUGGGAGUUGUAGUGCUGGGCUAGAGCCCAGGCUUUCCGCCCUAGAGGAAGAGCUGGAAAAGCGGGAAGCGGCUCGCUUUCUCAUUGGCCGAGGGGUCCGCAGGGCCGUUGGAGCGUGGAAAGCUGGGGAAUUCGAGGCUGAGCUGGGCCCUAGGUUUUUGCCAGACUUGAGGGGAGAACGGACACGUUAGUAGGUGGCGAGGAACACGGGUGGACGGUGGAGUGAGGCUAAAAUGGCCGGUUUAUGGAUCCAGUGAAUUGUCGCAGCGCACCGGAAGGCUUGAAUAUGGACCGGCUCCUGAGGCCCAGAGUGGGCGCGGUCAGUGACUUCCAGUUUGGAGCUGUUGCCACGGAAACCAUCGAAGACACUCUGCUUCACUUGGCUCAGCAGAACCAGCAAGCAGUGCAGGAGGCUGCCGGACGCAUGGGCAGCUUCAGGGAGACCCGCAUCGUGGAGUUUGUUUUUCUCCUGUCUGAACAGUGGUGUCUGGAGAAAUCUGUGAGCUACCAGGCUGUAGAAAUCCUAGAAAGGUUUAUGGUUAAGCAGGCAGAGGACAUCUGCAUGAAAGCCCCAAUCCAGCUGAGAAGUAAUGAGAAAACAGAGUCUCGGAAUUGGAAGGCUCUGAAAGAUCAACUUUUCAACAAGUUUAUCCUCCGUCUGGUGUCAUGUGUUCAGCUGGCAAGCAAACUUUCCUUCCACUACAAAAUAAUCAGCAACAUUACAGUCUUGAAUUUCCUCCAGGCUCUAGGUUAUCUUUACACUAAAGAAGAAUUGCUAGAGUCAGAGCUUGAUGUUUUGAAGUCCCUGAACUUCCAAAUAAAUCUUCCUACCCCUCUUGCAUACGUGGAGAUGCUCCUUGAAGUUUUAGGAUACAAUGGCUGUUUGGUUCCAGCCACCCAGCUACAUGCAACCUGCCUGACCCUGCUCGACCUGGUCUAUCUUCUGCAUGAACCCAUAUAUGAGAGCCUGCUGAGGGCUUCGAUCGAGAACUCCACACCCAGUCAGCUUCAAGGGGAAAAGUUUAUCUCUGUGAAGGAAGACUUUAUGCUGUUGGCAGUUGGAAUCAUUGCAGCAAGUGCUUUCAUCCAUAACCAUGAGUGUUGGAGCCAGGUUGUGGGGCAUUUGCAGAGCAUCACUGGCAUUGCUGUGGAGAGCAUUGCCGAGUUCUCUUAUGCAAUCCUGACUCACAGCGUGGGAGCCAACACUCCAGGACGACAGCAGCCUGUUCCUCCCUACUUGGCAGACAGAGCUCUCAGGGGUGCUGCUUCCUCAACAUGAGGCAUGUGGAGCCCCCCAAAUAUAAACACCUCCCAUCACUAUACUCUUCCCUCUGUUUGUUUACUUUCAUAUUCAAGGUACAAAAGUUCCAAGUCACCUUCGAACUGUACCCUGUAUUCUAAUUCCAUGCAUAUUUUUCUGCCUCAGCUAAAGUGCACAAGUUUGUCAUAUUUUUUUUUGUCCUAUCAGACUAAAAAUGUCAAAGAACAAGGAGACAGGUUAGUAAAGUUGCUUUUUAACAAGCCGUUCAUGGCUUUUAACUUCAUUUCAUUAACAGGCAACAUUAGACAUGAAGACAGUAUUAACCUGGAUCUUAAAAACAGAUUAUUGGGAUAAUGUUGACUGAGUAUUGUUGAAAACUGCCUCUAUUUCCCUUUAAUUUCCAUCUCUGUCUACUUAGAUCUAAACAAAUGGCUUCCUCUACAGUUAUUUUCACUAGGUUUUUGAUGUUUUUUGGUGAUGGGUGGUUUGAACUCAAGGCCUGGUAUUGAUCUAGCAAAUGGUAUCCCUUAAGCCAUACCUCCAGUCCAGUUUGUUUUGUAACUGAAAUAUAUCUAUGCAUGUUUCAACAGUACUUCCAUAUACUUU